AUGCUACCUACGUUCCCUCCACUUCCUUUACCAGAAAAUGUUCUAUCUUUUGAAGGUGAGAAAUUUUUCGAGCUAGCUAAUCAAACGUGUGGAGAAAUUUUCAAAGAAUUGAUGGAAGUACUUUCAAUCAAUACAGUACAUAAGUUACUGUUGGUUGAAAACGAUAUUCUUGCUGUUUUUCAGAAAAAGUAUAAAGAACUAGAAAAAAUAACACAACGAGCUUGUCUACAUCUUGAUGAUGAUACGAUUAUGCUUAAACCUGGGUUACGCUUGGAUUUUGAUCGUUUUGUUGAAGCGCUUCAUGCUGUAAACAAUCAGAACCAAGACCAGGAACAGACAGCUAGUUUAAAUGAUGUUUUUUUUUCUUUGUUGAAAAAGUUAACAAAAUCUUUUCAAUUAAAUGAAAACGAUGAUUCACACAAUAGCUAUUCUUUUCUGAUAGCUUUUAUUGAAAAUAUUUUCAGUAAUCUUGUGAAAAAUAAAAAUAAUUAUCGAUAUAGUGAAGCUGUAAUGCAUUUUGCUCAGUCAUUGUACAUAUUAGGUGGAAGAAAUGUAUAUGAAUUUGUACGACUGAAUUUGCCUGGGGCAAUUCCCUCUAUGCCUACAUUGAGCGAAAGUCUUGGAAAGGCUGGUGUGCGCAUUGAAGAGAGUGAAUUUCGGUACAAUGAACUUCAUGAUCAUCAGAAAUUUUGUGGCUACGAUAUAGCUGUUUGUUCUGAAGAUGCGACGGCAGUCAUUAAAAAAGUUACAUAUAAUGCUGCUACUAACACGUUCACUGGGUUUUCACUCCCAUUAGAACGUGGUAUUCCUGUCGCUCGUCAUUUUCAAACUGAUUCAUUUGAUGAAUUAAACAAUUGGUUUGAAAAUGAAGAUAAAACAGAUUAUUUAAAUGUUCAUAUAGUUCAGCCACUCAUAGCAUCCAGUCCAUAUUCAUCGCCAUUUCUACUGGCUGCAUAUGGAAUUAGCAAUAACUUUAAAGCUAUCGAUGUUCUUAACCGAUGGAUUUGGAUUUUCGAAAAGUCUAAACAGUCGAAUGUUCGCAUUGUUGCUUUUUCAACUGAUUGCGAUCCUAGAUACCUGCUUGCGAUGCGUCUCGCUACCGGAUUUUUCGCAAAAUUCGUCAAUAUCUCUCUAUGUGAUCGUAAAGAUGUGCUCGAUAUUGACUUGCCGAAAGAUUGGUCAGCUCGGUUUUUCAUGCAAACUCGUCAAGUCUUUUUCUGUUUUCAAGAUCCAACACAUUUGUGCACUAAACUUCGUAAUCGCAUGCUUUCUAAAAAAGCAACAAUGUUGAUUGGGAAUGAAGUCGUUUCUAUCGAAGUAUUGAUGAAACUAAAUCAAAGCUUAUGCAUGGAUUGGUGA